UGGCAGAAAAGGAUGGGGGAUGACCAAUAAGGUAAGAUUUAAGAUUGAAGAAGAGUGAGUCCUCGUCAAACAACUUUACAAGUUGCUUACAACGUGGAUGAAUCCAAAACUCCACCGUUAUUUUCCUUCAACACAGAAGCUUGUCGCCAUUGCAAUGGCGCCAACAGAGCCAUCAAUUUCCGAUCAAACUGUCCAGAUAUACCUGACAACAUACACGUUUUUCCGCCGCCUAAUUCAACCCCCCACGCGUCAUCCACAUUCUUCAAUCCUUAAAAAUGCCUCAACCAAUUCCCCCCCCCCCCCCCCCCUCCCCGACUUCAAACCCACGAACAAGACGAUGCUUCUCUGACCUAUCCCUUUUCCUUUUCCUCUGUUUCUCCUUUUCGGGUACGAACCCGAAACCUUUUUUUUUCUGGCAAUGGCGGCUGGUGCUGAGAAUCGGGUUUCUAGGGAAGUGCAGCUUUCAAUGGCGGUUUCGUCUAUGUUUCCUGGUUUUCGCUUUUCGCCGACUGAUGAGGAGUUGAUUUCGUUUUACCUCAAGAAGAAAUUGGAAGGGUAUGAGAAGAGCGUUGAAGUCAUUGCGGAGGUUGAAAUUUACAAGUACGAACCCUGGGACUUACCUGGUCAGUUCUGCUUUUAAUGCCAGGUCUAUCAUUCAAUCAGAUAAUGAAUGGUUCUUCUUCUCCCCUCGUGGAAAGAAGUACCCAAAUGGUAAUCAAACGAGGAGAGCUACUGAUUUAGGCUACUGGAAAGCCACAGGGAAAGAACGUAAUGUAAAGACAGGUUCUAAUACUAUUGGUACUAAGAGGACUCUGGUUUUCCAUACUGGCCGUGCACCUAAAGGGGAAAGGACAGAGUGGAUUAUGCAUGAAUAUAACACCAAAGAUAAAGCUCAGGAUUUUCUAGUUGUUUGCCGCCUAAGGAGGAAUAAUGAAUUUCGUCAACAUAGUUGCUCAAACCGAGCUUCUUCUAGCCAAAUGAAUUUAUCCUCAUUGCAAGCUCAUUCUAGUGAGCAGGUAGAUUCUACUGAAUCCAAUCAAAAAGAUGCAGCCGAAAUUACGCAUGUGGAGUCGGGUGAUCAUGAUCAGAAGGAUUUUGGCUCUGAUGAUUUCUACUCUGACAUACUAAAAGAUGACAUUAUAAACCUGGACACUGCACCUUUCAAUGGUGCUUCGGACCCUUUGCCACUGAUUUUCCAGAGAUCAGACACAGAGAGAAGAUCCCAGCACGAGGAAAACGAUGUUUUCGAAUGGCUACAGAACCAAGGCUCUGCCAAUCGAAGAAUCAGAUUGAAAAAGAGAGAAGCCACUGGAGGAAAGAAGCUAGAGAGUAUGAAAAUUGGUGAUUGCAGAAAUAAGGUCGAGAAAGCAAGGUUGUGUUCCACAGAAGUAUGUGAAAGCCGGUUGAUGAACCCUGACUCUUGUGGUAGCAUUUUGCGUGGCUAUUAUGUUCGAGUUGUGAUAUUCUUUUUGUUGAUUUUGAUGGCUUUGUUUAUGUCUCGAUGGAAGGUUUUUGGUAUGCCCAAGGGACUCUGCUGAUAUUCCUAUGCAUGCGCUAAUGUAAGAGGUUCUGUUAACCAAGUGAAGCAAUCUUCAUGUGUCAAUUUUGUCA